GGAGGAACCAAGGGCUUUCCAAGGAUAUUGGGAAGAGUUCGGAGAGAAAGUGAAAUCAGCAGAGAGGCAUUGGACACCGUUGCUGAUGAUAUGCCUCAGAGACCUUUAGGAAUAUCUGUCUCAAUGCAGACAGAUGCAAGCUGGAUUUAUGACCAUAUCUACAAGAAAAAGUGUUUUUAAAGGGAAAUACACAGAAAACCAAGAGUGUGCUGCUCCUUAUCAGGCUGAAAGAUGAAGUAGGCAAGGCAGUGAAAAAAGGUGGAGCAUCCAAUGAAAUGGAUGUGAUUUAAUUAAACUCAAUGAAGAAUUAAAAUGACUCCAAAGGGCAAGCAAGGGGAGCUUCAUCCUGAGAAUGCUCCAACACAGCAAGGGAAAUUUCAUCCUGAGAAUGAUAUCUAUGCUGUCGUGCCCCAAGAUCUUAGCUGCUUAGACAUUUUGUGCGACACAGAGUUUAGAGAAGACUUCUUAAAACUCUUUCAAGAAUCCCUGCGCACACUUUCCAGUGUUGGCCCACCUACCAUUCUAGCUUAUAGACCAGAGUCAUCAAGAGGAGAUGUUCAAAUUGAGGUUCAGAAGGAAUAUCCAGAAACCUGUGAAUUCUGUGGCAGCCCCCCGAGGUACUUCCCUUCCUUUGAAAGUCUGGAACACAUAGCAGAAUGGGGAAAUUUUUUCUGUUGCCAGCAAUACCGAGAGCUUCAAGAGUUCAUUGUCAAUGAAAAAAAACGCUAUGCAAAGAAAAUGGAGAUGAUUGAUAUUGGCCCUCAUCAGGCCCAUGGAAGUGAAGCUGAGCGACAACAGGCCAAAGAAAGAGCUCAACAAAGGCUCAGAGAGAGACAAAUGGCAAAACAGUUUGCCUUCAUGGCAGUAGAAGCGGAAAAGAAUGCCCUUCCAGUUCAUGUCCCUGAAUACAAUAAACAGCUUAGGACACUUUCCUUCUACCUUUCUCAAGAGACACCUUCUUCAGCAAGCUGGACACGAAUUUGUCAGCCAAUAAUUGAAGAAACAAAGUCAGUGACCCCAGACAACACAUACAGCAUCUCUUACUGUGAUUUCACUAUUGCGGGUGGAAAGUUAACGAAAAAACAAUUCUUACAACAGCACUACAAAAAUGGUGUGAAGUUCCUUACUAUGUUUCCAGACGGUACUGCACAAAUAUUCUAUCCAUCUGGAAAUCUGGCAAUUAUUGUUAUACAGAAGAAUGAAAAUGCAGGGUACAUUUGUAUAGUCCAAGAAGAUAAGCAUGAGAAGGCUGAAAUCCAAGCAAUAUUUGACUCUUGUGGAAAAGGAACUUGUUAUCAUCCAAACAAAAUUGUAUGGAUAAAUAUUACUAUUCGAGGAGGACAUUACUCAGAUCAAGCUGGCAACAAAGUGAAAACAUGGAUUUGGCCCAACAAUCUACAGAAGCACAAUCCCCGUGUAGCAUUUAAACCAAUAUUUCUGUCCUUGAACCUUAAUGUUGGUGUCAGGAUACUUGGGCAAGAUAAAAUCACCAUUUCUUUUCUUGCAAUGGGAAAACAAGCAAAAAUCAAUGUAGGAACCAAAGUGGAGCCACUUGCUGAACACCAUCCAUGGCCAAAGUACGUGGCUGAAGAUGACCUUCUGCUCUUCGCCAAUAGAUUAAAGAUUCUUCGCAUCUUUGCUAAACUGCAUGGAUAUUUAGACUUCCCUGCUAGUGACUGGUGGACUAAACUGGAGCUCCCUUCAUUUCUUUUGAAACAGACUUUGAAGUUAAUAUAUCUUUGUAAAGAAUGUGAAAUAAGCUGUGCACUGGAUAGAUUAAUAAUGGCAAUAGUAAAUUCACCAGCCUGAUCAACAGUGUGUUGAUUGAACAGUGUGUUGAAGUCACUUGCUUCAUUCUUUAAAAUAUUUAUUAAUCUGUUGAAUUCUGUAAGCAAAUUUAAAUGUACUUAAUAUUUUAUGUAUGCUUAAAACAUACUAUAUAUGGGUAUCUCGGAUUUUCCAUGUAGCAUUAGAAAAAUACAAAUAUGAAGCUAAGUUUAGUAAGAAAAUUGAAUUAUAUGCUAUAGGAUUCAAUGGCUAUGCAUAAAAUUCUAGAUCCAGAUUUUGCUAUGGUAAAAAUUCCAUAAUCCUUUUAAGGCCCUACCCUUAUACUAACCCACAUAAUUCAUCUGUAAAUUUUUGAUUUCUCCAUACCUCUUCUUUAAGCAAGAUGGUAAAUAAAACGGGGAAACCGAGAAGGAGGAUGCUCAAGCCAUAGGCUUGCUUUAGUUACAAUCUUGAUGGAAUUAGACCCUAUCAGGUACUGACAUCGUUUCAGGUUACACCUAAGAUUUUUGUAAAAGCUGCUGGAAAAAAGAAAUAAAGAUUUGUUGUUCCCAGUGUCUGAAAAUUAAACCAUCCCAGUCAUUACUCAGACCCAUGUCCAUCUUUGGGGAAAAUACAUAAUGUACCUUUAUUAAGUGAAAAAGCAACAGAGGGGAAAAAAGAUUGUUUUAUAUUAACGGAGCUACCUUGUUGAUAAACAAUCAUAGUUUUGAUGUAUUAAUAAAGCUUUAUCUACUACUUGGAGGAAACUGUUUUCUGAGGAUGUAAGUUCCAGGGUCAGAAAGUAUAAUUUUCCCUUCCUGUAUAGAAUGCUGGUGCUGAUACUUUUUAAACUGCAGAAAAAACAGGGAUAGUUGUGAUGAUCAUAAAAAGGAACAACUCUUAGUAUUGCAAUUAAACCUUCUCAAAAUAACAUGUAAUUGUUUAGGUUCUAUAAAACUCUUCAUGAUCUCUUGACCCCCAUUUCAUGACUUGUAAUGGUCCUAUCGACAUAGGUAAAUUUCAGAUUCCACUUAUUAUAUGUGUAGUGAUGGAUCUGCAACUUUAUAGAUGAUUUUAUAGAAGUACUUUCUACUGCCAUUACCUUCAUUCAGUCAAGGCAGUGUUACAAACCAAUUUUUAGACAAAAAAGCCAUGUGAACUCUUGUCUAAACCCUUGUUUAUCCAUCUUUUAAUCUCUCCUUUUUGUUUUAUAAGGAAAUAGACUAUUGAAAACAGACACUACAUGAUAAAUUAUGCCCUCAGCGCAGCAGAUCAGGAAUUAAAACAAUAAUUGAGUAAUAUAGUAAAGCAGCAGCAAAGGUGGUAGGACUCAAGAGUUAAAAGGUAGAACUGGGAUGGCUGUUAUUUAUUCUCUGUUCAUUAAACUUUUCAUCAAAGUAACUGUACCAAGAAAUCUAUGUUAAUAAAGCAGUAUAUAAACACAAUUAUGCAUCAAAAUUAGCUUUAGAUUAUAUUCCUAUGGACACUUCCCUGGCAGUAAGCCUCAUUUAAAUAAAUGGAUUUUAUUUCUGAGUGGGAUUGGACUGGUAUGAAAAGUGCAAUAUAUUAGCAAAGUGUAAUUUGCAGAAGCUGUUUCUUUGUUCAUUUUUCCUCCUCGUUUACAUUAUCUUCUCUAUAUUUACUUAAAACUGCCCAAAAGCAAUCCAAAGGAAGCUAACAAAUAUAAAAAAAAGAAACCAUAUAAAUGAGAACAUAAAAUAGCAAAGAACCAUGAAAAAAGCCCAUCCCAAAAUAUGCCCAUCAAGUAAUGAACUGGUCCCAAAUGCUUUCUGAAAUAGCAGUUGAGCUAAAUAACCAGAACCAGACAAUGUACAAGUCAAAUGGACUUCACAUGAAAGAGAAUUCUAGAUCACAGGGAUGGAUGGAUGGAUGG